AUGAAUUUCACCAAGCUUGAAUUGGAGCGUGCCCUUGCUGCCAAGACGUUCAAGUUUCCUCCCAUCUUGAAUACCGAUGGGAAUAAGAGAAAACGCACCGCCGCAGACGCUGACGCUGGGACCACCAUCCCUCUACCCAAGAAACGGGCUAGAGGAUCCACAUCAAUUAAGCCGGCCUCAGGCUCCGUCGCCGACGCCGCUUUGUCUGAGGUUACCGGGACAAUCCCAAACCCUGUUGCACCGGGGUCCAGCGACCCAACGCUAGAGGCUGUCAUUCCAUCGGGGAUUGAUGAGCCAGCACCGAAUCCGACCAACAACACCACUCCCCUUUCCCCAACAAGGAAAUCCCAAAAAUCCAAAAGGGCCGACCCUGGUGCGGAUGAAGAAACCAGAGCCGUGGUUUCUUCCCCAAAAAAGCUAAAGAAGAAAAAGAAGAAAACCAAAGGAAAUAAAACUGGUGAGACAUCCAUUCCUCGCCAAGACUUGGUGGGCGAGGACAAACCAAACUCUAAGGGUGAGUCUGGACCUUCGUCCCUUCCCAAGGAGAUCCUCACCUGCCAAGACGCCCCCGUGGGCGCCGCUUCUGAUAUUCCCCAAUCAGUCCUUUCUCCUGACCAACAAACUGAAGCCAACUCACCCAGGGUCUCUCCCGUUCACACAGUGGGUCGUAGUGAUGAGGAUCGAGCUCCUGUCAUUUCCCCUUCCCCUCGCCCCUCUUCUCCCACUUCUGGCCAUCCAAACGCCGAGGGGAAGGAGAGUCUCUCUUCAAACCGUCCACACUCUCCCAUCGACUUUGUGCUUACCGAUCCUUUCUUUGGCAGCCUAAGAGGGACUGAGAAUCCUGACCUUGAUGGUGCAGCAGCGGAAGCCAUCUCGAGUCUCUUGCUUGCGGGGUGUCUCUUUGCCAAGCUGUCCCAGGAUUCGGCCUCCGCCGCCGAGGUUGAAGAACUCCGUUAG